UGUGAUCUACAGCAUUCAGGUCAAGCCUGCCUCUACCGUCUACGCAUCCUACCUCAGACCUGAAACUCUCGGGAGGAUGGCGACAGCUGUGUCCAACGUCCCUUCUCUCGAGCUCGAGAAAGUGGCAUACACACAGGAUCAGGAUCAGGAGCCGGUACCGGGCGAUGCCCCACCGCAAACUUCCCUGCAGCCAACUGUCUUUGCUCGCAUUCCCCAGGAAAUCUUCGAUGAGACCAUCGACUGGAUGGCCCGACCCACGUUCCUCGGCGCGGCACUGGUGUGUACGGCAUGGUACCCGCGCGCCAUGCACAACCUCUAUUUCACAGUCCGGAUAUCCACUCACGCGCGGUUCGUGCUACUUGCGAAGCUAGCGCACGCGUAUCCACGCGUCAGGAGCUGGCUCGCGACCACCCGCACGCUGUUCAUGGCAGAUAUGAAGUUUCCCGACUACAAAAUGGGAUGGAGGCCGAACACUGGCCCCAUCCUCCACGCAGUGCCGCUUGUCUUCGGCCGCAUGAUGUCGGGCUUGCAAUCCCUAGAUAUUGAGGGGGCUGUACAUCCUCACAUGCUCCCCAAGUUCGCCCUCGCCCUGUCCCAGUUCAAGACCGUCAAGUCGCUGCGCCUGCGCGUCACGACGCCGAAUACCGUCUCGCAAAUCCUGUGGAUCAUCUCUUCGUUCCCGCAGCUCACAGACCUCGACUUGCACAGCGAUACCUUCGUCGCCAUACCGGAGUCUUCGGGAAAUACGAGACUUAGUCACUUCGAGCCUCGUUGCGAUAUCCGGCUUCGUCGCCUCCGGAUUCAGACGGACGGGUUCGAGGUUCAGCCAAGUUUGACUGGCGCAUUUGUCGGUUGGCUCGUGAGGUCGGAUAUUUGCACCUCGCUGGAUGACCUGACAGUCUGCUGGGAGAAUAGCACCUCGCUGCCGAUGAUGGUCGGAUGCACCAACAGGAUCCUCCGAGCAGCCGGACCAUCUCUAACUCGAUAUCUCGAAGAGGCCGUAGAUACGGAUAGCGAGCAGCAUGCAAAUCUCGUUCAUAACACCAGUUUGAGGAGCAUAGGAUUCGGGCUGGGCCUCAUCGAGGAUGCCAAACCUACUCACCGCUGGUCUAGGCUGGUAGAUAACUUGACUAGCAUCCUUUCCACAGUUCGAAGCUGUCAGCUCGAGCACAUAUCCAUGGCGUUUCUGUUCAAGAUUACCGACGACGGGCUCCGAGUCGACGGUUUCCGAAAGGUCCUUGAGAACCUUAACCUGAUGGGCGUCCACGACAUCAUGCGCCGAUCUUACUUCGAACGACUGAAAGACGUCGAGAUGACGAUAAUGACCGGACACAGAUCGAGAUUGCAUUAUGUGAGCGAGGCCGACGUCCGUCAAGAGCUCCUCGCCACGUUCCGGGCUUUACUCAAGCCGUGGUGUGAUCGCAAUAUAGUCCGGAUCGACCUCUCCCGCAGGUGGUAACUGAGACAUUCCUCGGGCAAUGUGACUGAUUCUUGAUGGAUUCUGCACGGGUACCUGUGGAAAUGAUGGAGAGAAGUAUGAAGUGCUAGCCUCAGUAGGGUAAGUGUCGAGGGCAUAAGACCUGCUGAGGCCGUACGAUAUUGGCGGAAUCGUUCCGCGCGAUGCCUCCGAUAUCACACAUGUGCUAGCAGCGGGUGAGCUGACCAUCCCCAAUACACCGUAUGCUAUCAUC